GUUGGAUGAGCCCUGUGGCCGCGGGGCAAGACGUGAGAGUAAUUAAUCAGAUGAAACUAAUUACACCUGUCUCUUUGUCCAAUUACUGCACCUUGAGGUGCGCGAGCUGUAUGUCCUGCAGAAAGAGGAACGCAUGUCCACUUAAUGAUUUCAAACUCUCUGUAUUUAAACUACCUAUACAGUUCAUCUUUACACACGAUAAAGACAGGUCCAACGCUCCUGAGACUUGCCUCUGAUUUUUGUUUUGUGACGUACAAUCUCCGUUUGGUCGCAACACCAUGAAAACUAUCGCUGAACAGCUGUUCCGGACCCGCAUCAAACAUUUCUCGAGAAAAAGGCGAAAUGAUAUUGUGGAGGCCCAUCCGUCCAACAUUGAGACAGCAGCUGAGAUGGACAACAUCCAACAUUUGACCAGCCCUUCCUCUGGUGUGGCGGCUGUUAGCGACAGCGUUCACCAUGUGGAGGCAAUGAUGGAGAGGGCCCACCAUGGUGGAGGAUGGCUCCUGUCUGGCAUCAUCUGCAUCAACAUCCUGAUCCUGGGCUGUGCUCUAGUCAGUGGCAGCGCCUUCAACAGCGUGGCCAUUACUGCUGUGCACAGGCAAAUCUUCCUCAUCAUUCUCCUCCUCCUCACGAUGCUGUGGAUGCUGUUUUACACAGUCUUCACCUCCAAAAAGGAUCAAGCAAUCUCGUUCAAAGACAGCCACGCAGGGCCUGUGUGGCUCCAAGCUGGACUUCUGCUGUUUGGGCUUCUCAGUCUCCUCAUGGACGUCUUCAAGAUAGCCAACUAUGUGGGCUACCUUCACUGUGAUUCUGCUGUUAAAGUCGCUUUUCCCGUCGUCCAAGCUGUAUUCCUGUUUGUCCAGACAUACUUCCUCUGGGUUCAUGCAAAGGACUGUGUGCAGCUACACACAAAUUUUACAAGGUGUGGGCUUACUGUGACGCUUUCAACUAACCUUGUGGUGUGGAUGGCUGCUGUGACCGAGGAAUCGAUUCACCAAACUGAGAUUCCUGAUCUAAAUGUCAGUGUCUCACACAAGAUGUACAGAGACAGCUAUGGUGGUAAAAAGUGUAAAUGCAGUCACUCAGCAUGUGACACCUUCAAAGAGGCCUUCUACUACCUGUACCCCUUCAACAUAGAGUACAGUCUCUUUGCUUCAGCUAUGGCCUAUGUCAUGUGGAAAAAUGUUGGUCGUUUGGUGGACGAUCACAGUCACCACAGCAUUAAGUUCCGUCCAAAGGAUUUGUGUUUAGGACCCGUAAUGGGAAUACUCCUGGUGGUGGCAGGCCUUGUAACAUUCAUAUUGUAUGAGGUGGAUGUACUGCAAGAGGACGGGAAGAAUAGAAACAGGGCCCUGCUGAUUCAUUUCAUCAUGAAUAUAGUGAUAGUGAGCCUGAUGUGUGUGUCCACUGUAAUCGGUUGCAUCAUCUACCGGCUGGACCACAGGGAGCACACGUUGAAGGAAAGCCCCUCUCACAGCCUGGAUGUGGGGCUGCUGGUGGGAGCCUCCAUGGGACAGUUUAUCAUCAGCUAUUUUACCAUCGUGGCCGUGGUGGCGACGGGAGCCAGAGGGUACCUGAACGCCCUGAACCUGUCCUGGGCCGUGCUGACGGUGCUCCAGCUCGGCCUGCAGAACUACUUCAUCAUCGAGGGCCUCCAUCGGGAGCCCUUCCACGUGAUGCAGGAAGCGGCUCUGCACACAAACGCUCACGCCCUCCAGGAACACUCAGACAUGGAUAUUGUUGAGGAGAAAAGUAAAUCCAGCUAUGCCCUGACAAGCCUUGAUAAGCCAAGUUGGAAGAGAAGAGUACUGAAGGAAGUCUGUGCCUUUCUUCUGUUUGCUAACAUUAUUCUGUGGAUCAUGCCCGCCUUUGGUGCUCGUCCCCAGUUCGAUCAUCACAUCGAGAUAAGGUUCUACAAAUUCGCAAUGUGGGCAGCCAUCGUGAAUAUUGGACUUCCUUUUGGAAUCUUCUACCGCAUGCACUCUGUUGCCAGCCUGUUUGAGGUGUACUUAAUUACUUAGACUUAUUUUUGAGUAUGGAGAGAAACUUUGUAAUGGUCGAUUUUAUUUAUUAAUUCAUACAUGCUAGUCCUCUGGUCUAAGACAGUUCAAAAAUAUUAGUAAACAUGAACAACUCUGUCCCAUUUUUUUUUUUUUUUUUUUUUAAACUGGAGAGCUAAAACUCAAAUUUGUGAUGUCAUAGAGUGUGAAGUCUGGAACUGCUCCAUAGACGAUAAAGGGAGAAAACUGCUCUAGGGGAGCUCCAGGGGAGUGUUCUGAGUAAAUGGGUACAUUUUCCGUUUCAGAAGUGAGAACACAACAGGAUAAUAAAGCUAAUUUGAGUAUAAAGAAGACAAUCAAAUAUUCUGUGGAUCCACAAAAUCAGUCUAGAGCAGCUCCAGAUUUUACACCCUAUGACAUCACAAGUUUGAGACACUCUGGUUUCUGGCUUUGGGAGAGAGUAGCUCAUGUUCACAAAUACUGAUUGAACUUUCAUAGGCCAUGAAAUUAACUUUGGAAUUCUUAAUUUAUGUGGUGUUCAUCUUUUAAAUGUUUAAUUGAACUUGAUAUAAAUAAUAAAUUUUAACUUAAAAGAAAAA